AUGUGCUGCAACUACUACGGUGGCUAUGGCUGUGGCUAUGGCUCAGGCUAUGGCUGUGGAUACGGCUCUGGCUAUGGCUGUGGGUACGGUUCCCGCUAUGGCUGUGGAUAUGGCUGUGGCUAUGGCUCAGGCUAUGGCUGUGGAUACGGCUCUGGCUAUGGCUGUGGGUACGGUUCCCGCUAUGGCUGUGGAUAUGGCUCCCUCUGUGGCUGUGGCUAUGGCUCCCUCAAUGGCUGUGGCUCUGGCUCUGGCUAUGGCUGUGGAUAUGGUUACCCCUAUGGCUGCGGAUAUGGCUCCCUCUAUGGUUGUGGCUAUGGCUCCGGCUAUGGCUGUGGAUAUGGUUCCCGCUAUGGCUGUGGAUAUGGCUCUGGCUCUGGCUGCUAUAGCUAUCGCCCAUUUAGCUACACAAAAUGCUAUUCUUCUUGCUGUUAG